CCGGUACGCGGCCAGCGCCGGGUUGAGGUUCACUUUGGGUCCAGUGCUGGCGUCGUUUUUGCUUUUGGGGGGCAUGUUCAACUCCUCUCCCUUGAUUGUUUUCACUGGGACCCACGCUUGAUGCCAAACACUCUGUUGUUUACCUUAGUUAUUUCAGUUUGUCUCUUUGAGCUGUGUGCACAGCUCAAAGUUACAAUGAACAACGCUCUUUUAUGCAGCCGCAUCGCUGGUAGCAAUACACAGGGCGAUGUCGUGACUUAAAUGACCGAAUAACACCGUUUUAUUUAUAAAUGUAUUGUGUUUCAAACAUAAAUUACAUGUUUGGGAGGCCCUGAAUUUCCGAGGCCCCUGGCUGCAGCAGCCCCCGCUUCACCUGAGCCCAGUGACCCUGAGCCUGACCCCAGCAACCACGGGACACGGUGAUAGAGGUGGCCAGAGCGCUCAGGUGGCCAAUCUCGUGCCAGAGAGGAAUACAAAGCACCUCAUUAACAUUACUCUCAGUGAAUCAAAAUGAGCACACACUCAAAAAAACUGACAUAAAAAAAAUGAUAUCGCUCUUUGCGCGCAUCUGUAACCCUGUCAGUCCACCGCUGAAUGAGGGCAUCCUGACGCCGUGCGGGUUAUUGACCGUCCUCAACCACAGUGGUCAGUGGGGGGUUGGUGAAAGCAGUGAGAAUAGGGAUGGGAGCUUGUAAAAUAUAUAGAAAUAUGAUGGAUUUUGCUACAAUGCUCUCGACUGCCAAUCACGUAGCUCUGCAGCUUGUAACUCCUGUUACGGAUGGAUGGUCGUCCAUUCAAGGACUAGCCAGGCCCCAGCAAGCUGAGCUUCCAAGAUCUGGCUGAUGCGAUUUACGGAAAAUCACUAUUUAUAGAGAGCCCAAAUCAAUAGACGUGUUUACAAAUCUACCUCGAAUAACAUUGAUCGCCAAUGUACUUACGCCCUCACCUGGUUAAAUAAAGGACUUCGGCAAUCGGUCGGUGAUUUUUCAUUGACUUUGAAAUGUCGUCUCACCCGCUCGGUGUGGUUUCUUUGGCUUUCAGGUUGGCCAGAUGGAAACAACCCGGGCUCAGACAGGAUCCCUCACUUCACCCGCAGCAACAUCAGUUUUGUGCAGGACACAUCCAAGUUCUGGUACAAACCUGGCAUCACACGGGAGCAAGGUAAGGAGCGUUGUGGAACAACGCGACUUGUCCUUGUGCGAGUGAUUGAAUCUGGGAUUAGCACAGACACAGUGGUGGCGUGUAACGUGUGUCCAUUUCAUGUUCGAUAACGAGCUAGCGCAGGUUACAUCUGCUUCAAAUUAGUAGUCUUAUGCAAUUGAUUUAUUUUGCAUUUGCACCGAGGCAGGCGGCGGCUUAAUCAUUUGCAGGAUGCAGUGUCCUCAGCCCGCCGCAACGCUUGGUCAACGGACAGAGUCUUGAACAAUGUGCGUCGUCGUCGUGUCGUGCAUCACAGCUGCAUUUUGGGCUGUGGCGUAGGCCCCACCUGUGCAGGAUUUGUCGCACACAAGAGGCCUUGGCCAGUUGGGAACUUGCUGAGCAGGGCCCAGUCAUGGCGCUGAAGAUCAAACCCUGGGGAGGAGAUCGCAGGGUGGCCCACGAGGAAUUGGUUCCUUGUUGACGAUGGGAGCCACUCCUCGCACCACGUGGCUCGUCGGUCCACAGCGGGUGCCACGUUGACAGCUGGGGCAGCAGGCGGGCGGAAAGAGAUGUUACGCAAUGACUGUGAUGGAUGUUUCGAGAUUAUGGUCGAGAUAAAAAUCUGAGGUUAAUGCAGCCAUCGUCAUGCAUUGCUGCCUCACCUCAACCAUCGCUUGCCUCUGCCAGAUCUCACAGCUGUUGCAGUGUUGACACAUCACGUCACAUCGCCUGAGUGUGACCUACCACAAAUGGCACCAUCUGGUUUAAGUAUACAGAGUCAAUAUGACCUACGUACAAAGACCAUCCGGUCAAGUUGAUUCGCGGUCGAGUGUGCGGUGCGCAAUCAGAAGGUUGUGAACUCAAAGCCUGGUUCGGUUGAUGAAAUGUGUGGGAAAGUUAACGGCAGUUGGUCCUACGGAUAGACUCACCCCUACCAUGAAGUAUCGACAUUUCCACCGUUGGCUAAGGGCUCUAAACAGAUGGACGCUGCCUCUGUAUCCAUUUGAGCCGGAUAUCAUUAAGACUUUCAGGAUCCUUCUGACAUCAUCAUCAUCACCACAGCCAUUUGGCUUGAUAUCUUCCCCUCGGCAGGCAACAUCUGUAUGCAUCUGUAUGCCUACUCCAGUGGCACUAGUGUGUAUGUAUGUUGCACGUCUUUUUCACCUUACGUAGUAAACUGUACUAAUCAGAGGCGGGGCGGCGGGCGGGGGUGUGGGGGAAUGACAACAAACUAAACACAAAAAUGAGUUCUAAAGAAAUGAGUUUACAAUCUAUAUUCCAAAAGGGCAUUAGCGCGAUGCGGUGACCGUCUCUGUCCAAUGGCCAGCCGAAGAGCCGCUGCGCGCGAGGACGACCCGGGGAAUCACGCGAUGUUGGGUUUCAUGCGCUUUGACGAGUUGCGUGUGUAGUCGUGCGUUUGCCGACCUGCAGCGCCUCGCUGUGUUUGCCGUGUGCAGCCGUGACGCUGCUUUGCCCACGCGAAGCCGGGGCGUUUGUCAUUCGAAACAGCAGCUCCUUCCACGGGGACUUUGGGCUCGCCAUGAAGGUUGAAAACCUGCCGCCCGGCGUGCCUGUGCAGGGAGACACGGUGGAUGAACUCGUCAGGCACUUCCUCAUCGAGACGAAGGCUCAGGGAGUGCGGCUGAAGGGCUGCCCCAAUGAACCCUUCUUCGGCAGUCUGUCGGCGCUCGUUAACCAGCACACGGUGACGCCACUCGCACUGCCUGGAUGUCUGCGGCUGCCCGACCGUGACUUUGACCUCACCAAGGCCCAUGACCUAUGCGACGCUCUUACAGGCGGCUCUACUGGCUCCUCACAGCCACCCGAGGCCGUGGGUACCGCAUUCUUCCUCGAUUCCGUGGAGAUGGAGUCUCUCACGGGACCCCAGGCGGUCGCCCGGGCAACUUCGGUGAUCAUGGGAAUGGCUACGAGGUCCAUGCCGAUUCACGUGCACCUGAGAGUGACCGGGCAAGGGAUCACGCUCACCGACAUCUACAGGAAACGCUUCUUUAGGCGUCACUAUCCAGCUGAAUCCAUAAGCUUCUGUGCCAUGGUUCCUGAUGUCACAAGGUGGCCCAUGGCUGAAGACAAGCCAGCGGCAAAGAUGUUCGGCUUCGUGGCUCGCAAGGCUGGCAGCGUCUCGCACAACGUUUGCCACCUCUUUGCCGAGGAGGCCGACUCCCCGGGACAUCGGGCCGAGAGCUGGGUCCAAGCGUCAUCGCAGAUCCUUCACCUGUGCUCCAGGCCUCAUUGAAGUCCAACGAAGGCCACGCGAGGAGGCCGCCUUUCAGGCUGGGUGGCAGUGAAGCCAAACACGACGAAACUACUAAGUUUCUUGAGCCUUAAUUCCACUCGCUUUACUUCCACAGGAUUCCAUUGCGGUGGCCUCCGUUCACUGUCACAGAGAUACGUUUCAGAAAUCUCCGGUUUUACAGAGCUAUAUUUAUAGAACUGCCUUUCAUCUUCUACAGAGAUUUAUUAAAAAGGUAACAAAAUGGUCGUCCAUUCGCUUGUAUAACGAGGAUUAUUCCGUGGACAUCGCUUUUGCAUGUUUGACAUGUGAAUGGUGCAACUUUCGUAGAUGCGUUUGAAAGCGAACGAAGGCUGAUGAAGGCACGACCGUCGUUUGUAGCUUUGCGCUUAUUUGCUUUAAAUUGCCAACCUCCAUUGACUCUGGUCCAUGGAAACCCAGCUUGAUGAACCCAAAGGCUAUCGAAGUUGGUACAUAUUUGCCAUGGUGUACAAUGACGUGGAGUCAAGUAUUAUUAACCCGAAGGGCAGUUGGCCCUGAUUAUUGUUGUUCAUUUUUCCAUUACCGUUAUGAGUUCAAACAAGAAACAACAACACUUAUUUAUUUAUUCAGCUGAAGCAUCAGUAAUUUAUUGUGUUACUGUAAUUAGAGUGUGCAGUCAUUACGCAUUUCAUAUUGUCAGAUAUAUUCGAUGAGUGUGUACAGGAAGUGACAAUAAUUUAAAGUAUCGCGUGCCUUCAUGAUGCAAUUGGUGAAAGGCUUUAAAUGUUCAUGAAAAAAGUGUUACACUUCUAUCGGAGAGCUGCAGUAUGUUGUAAUGUAGUCUAGGUGUUUCAGUGCGUGUGAGAAAAUAUUUCAUAUAUAUUAUUUACUCCAUCCACCGUCCGAAAACUAAAUAGGGAAAGCGCCACUUUUAAACAUGGAUGGACAUGUCGUGGUGGUGUGGACAAAUCAUCGCGUUCAGGUACUGAACCUGCACCUCUGAACACCUGGGUUCAAGUCUCAGUUUAACCGAGAAUAAAACAUUUCGCUAGUGCCAAAAUUGUUGAGUUCAUUUCUUCCCAUGCAUUUAUUGACAAUGGCACUAAACGCACUGCCAUAUAUGAUUGUUUUUAUAUCGUUGUUUUUUGUUUUUCACCACUGCCUGUGAGCCAGUGGUAAAAAAAAAUUCUAAAUUAUUAGGAUGAGAGCCAUUUCCUCUAUUGGAAGAUCACUGUUAUAUUUCCACAAAGAUGGUAGCCAUUUUAUCGAUCCCUAGAAAGAGAAUGGGCUAGGUCAACCUCCAACUAUGAUGUGUAAUUUCAUCCUUCUGAUCGUUAGUCGAGGGCUCUGCCCUUUACCAAGAGUGCCCUCUGACCCCCACCGCUGAUCAGGGCCACCAAUUAUGAGGAGCAUUGGUCCUUUGUUAGUUUGAACAGGCGAGACACUUCCACCUUUGACCUAAUUAUGGCUGUAUAGUAUCCCGUCAGCAUGUAACAAUGCGCAAUUUUUUUUGUAUUGCCAUGCUCACUGCGUUCGUGGAAUCGUGUGCUCAAAGAGCUCAUUAUUGUACUCUCAAAUGUUGCAUGCAAUUGGAUCCCCUAUGACAAAAUCACUCUCGAUCGCCUCGGAUCACGGAGGCAAAGCAGGCUGGAGCCUGAAUAGUGUGGAUGGGCCAUCACAGUGCACAUAACAGGUUGGGAAGCAGAGGUCAGAGAACAAUGCAUGUUUUCUGCAGCAAUAUACAUUGUACUGUACAUCUAUGCUCCCAUAUCUAUCAUCCCUGUCUUUACUGAUCCACCCUAUCCAGCACGGCAUAGGGAGGCCCUCAUCCAGCAGUGAAUCGACAAAAGGGCUUCGCGUGUACAUUUUAUUUGGUUCACAUGGACCCAUGCAGCUGCUAGAGAUUUCAUUUGCAACUAAACAGGAACAAUAAUUGAUCCUUGAAUCGAUUCGGGACCCUGGGUCAUGAAAAUCGAAUUGUUGUGAGAUGGAAGAAUCACUGCGUGCCUUGUACAGUAUCUUGCUGUGAGGGUACAAUUUUGCUGUAAGUUUUUUUAAUCGAUGUUAUUCCAGUUAGCCAGUUUUUAAGACAUGUCAUUGGGAUACCGAUAUGUAAUUUGUGCCUUAGAUUCUGGUCUAAGCCUCCAGCCAUCUGUGCAAAAGGCAAUACGGCGUGCGUGUGUGUGUGGCAGUUAUAAGUUAUUAAGUACGACAUUACAUGUAACGGUAGUAAUGUAUUACACGAUAGGUGGCAUUUAUUUGUUUGGACCAAACAUCUCAAUUAUAAUAUUUUGUGUCGUAUAUUGAUGAGCGUUCUACCAAAUGUGGGUCGGGUACAUGCUACAAUAAUGUGUAUGUUGAACUUCUUUCGCACCGUGCUAAUCAGAGGUGGGGGAGGGGACGGACAACAAACAGCAAUUAUGUCAUGCAUCAUGACAUUAAAACAGUACACACAGGUUAGGCAAAAAAUCCGAUCAUUGUCAGACUCUUGCUUUUUCUUUGAAGACUACGUGAAUGUCACGCUUGAGUCCCCACACGACUCUUCACACACCUCUUUAACCUUGAGCCUCUUUUUAGCGUCUUCCGAACCAUCAUAGCAUUGCUAUUGUACGGUUAAUCAUCAUUGGUCUCACGCCGUGGGAUCAACCAUCCACAGUGCAUUGCCAUUGAAAACAUCGGUAACACCGAUGUUGACCUCAUUUCAGCCAAUCGCAGGACUGAAAUAUGAACAAACUCGUGUUCAGAUGAAUUAUCGAGAUAGAUUCAAGUUAAAAAUAAAAUUAUUGGAGCUGCGAGCCAGUAGCACGUUGAAACAGUGUGGAGUUUCCAGUGCCAAGUAGCCACGUGUAGCCGCGUUGAGAAGCCAGGGGGGGCGUGGAGUCUAGUACGAGGGUACAGCACACAGUAUUCCCUCGCUAUUCGCGAGGGGUACGUUCCGGAGAUGCUGGUGAAUAGCAAAUUUCGCUGGUGAAUUGCAAAUUUCGCCGAUAAUGAUAUUUGCCUAUGAAAAUCAAUAUUGUAUCUCAUCUCUCUCUCGACGCAGUCGUGUAGAGUUCCAGAUGCGAUUCGCGAAAAGCCAACAUCGCUGAUAGCAAGUUCGUGAAGAACAAAGGAAUAACUGUAUAAUUUGGCACCACUGUCGAAACGUUUUAUGGGGAGAUUACUGUUCUUGCUAGUUUUCUGUAUUUCAACAUCCAUGGUCUUGCAUAGAGAGUGGACUGGAGAGUGCCGAGCCCCCUUUUACUGAAGACUGAUGGCUCCUUCCAAUUCGCAUGCUCCAUUUGCUACGCAAAAUGUUGAAAGGGGGCUGGACAAAAUGGGCGUUGUACAGAGGAGGUGAGAGAGCGUAUUUUAUGACAGAAGCAGACUAUUAUGUUACUCAUUCUGUUCAGAAUUUAACAUUUUCUUUAAAGUUAGUUUAACAUUUUCCAAGUUUUUAUGUAUCCCCUCUUUAAACAAAUUCACGUUAUGCUGAUGAUGCUCGAACCGCUGCCGCAUUUGGUCAGAUGUAAAUGUUUUAAUUCAAUUAAAACAUUUAUUAGGAGAAACGGUGCAGCCCUGCAAUUGCCCGCUUUACAACCACUGCUAUUGAAAGGGCCUCCACCAAAGGGAGUGCUCGAGAGGGUAUUUUGGCCUACUCGUACACGCUAGCCAGACGUCUUGAAAGAGGUUGCCUUUGUAGUGAUAACUACUUUCUGGUCAAAGUUCAAUCCAGAAUUUCCGUGUAAUGUUGUAUUUCUUCCAAACUGAGCACGUGACACACCAGCAGCCCCAACAGGUCUACUGAAAGUGGUCUGUGAGCCAUUGGCCCCAAAAAUGCUCUAUCGGUACCACUAAGGGUGGCAAAGGCUAACAUUGAUUUCCUUUAAGAUUUUCUUCUCUGGAUCAGAAAUAUGUACGAUAGCAAGGCAAAGGUGGUAGCUUGUAAUGAUAAAUAUUGUCAAUAAAUAAGGGUACCGCAGCACGUUUUACAUAAAAUAUAAUAUAAAGAGAAAAUAAAACUGAACGUGAUAUGAAACGUCAACGGACUAAGAGCAUAAAUAUGACUUGUCUAUGAAACGGACAGUAUAUACGAUAAGAUUUCUGGUCAUGGUGGAUACUGCCCAUUGUGGGCACUGGAAUAGCGUUUGCCACCCCAAGCAGUACCAACCCAACCUCCCUGGCCGAUGGACUAAAGGCACAUAAAGUAUAGGGCAACAAUGGUCUGCUUCUGCAGUACUCAGGAGAGGAGUUUAUCUUACAUGUGUAGACACGCACAGAUGCUAAUUGCAUUGGCAAUGUUAUAAUUAAUCUUGAAAAAAAACAUUGUGGUUCGAACAGACGAUCUGGUGCUGUGCGGAGCUGUGUUAUAGUAAUUUUCAUUCCAAAUGGACACUUUAAAAAAUAAACAAAAUAUUUAGGGUUACCAAAAAUGGUUAACGUCCCCUCUUCAUUAUUGUGUCUAUUUCACUGCACCCACAUUUUCUAUUUAUAACAUUCGAAUUAAAUUACGCGAUGUUUAUUGUACUAAACUUAUUCAGUAUUUUUCAAACAACAAAAAGUUAUUGGCAUACAUGCAGUGUUGGAGAGAGUUACUUAAAAAAAAUUGUUGUCAAAUGACUGAUUAAUUCAGGUUAUUGUUAUCUUAAUCUGAUUGUUUUCUAUAAUUAUUUGAUUCUAAUUUAAGAUAUGUUAGGUUGAUGGCUAUGAAUCGCCAAAUUUUGUUUUACGUUAAGAGACAGUAAUCUGAUUGCAUAUACAGAAAUCGCCUUUGGCCAUCUGAUUUCCGUAAUUUGUUAUUUGCAACACGUGAAACGGUGAACGACCUCGUUAAUGUUGAAACGUUACCGCUUGAGUCGCCCUCCCUCCCUUCCACGCGCCGGUCUCGUGUCGACCACAAAGGUCAAAGGUCAAACGGCGAAUUCAGCGGUGGGAAUGCAACGCGCCAGGUGAACGUCACCGGCGAAGCCCGGCAAUGCCGCUCACCGAUUGCCGCUGUGCAUCAACCGCCUGCUGUGGUACAGGUGGCUGGUGUAAGCGGCACUGUCAAGCAAAAAGCCUUUGAUCUCGCAUCAGAUUUGCCUGAUCUGCUUCAGAUUGAUACGGGGUCCAGUGGGUCUUGGCAGGGCCGGAUUAAGGUUCUUGUAGGCCCUCGGCACUUAUGGCUCGUAGGCCUUCAGUGAUAACUCUCUGCAGUUGGCGCUGCUGCUGCCCCAUGUUACUGCCACCGCUGUCACUGCGUUUGUUUCUCACGCGGUACUUGGUCCAGCCGCUGGACAGAUGUCGUUACCGAUACGCUCGUUAUUUCGUCUGUGCCCUAAUUCGAUGGGAGGCACGCUGUGUGCUGCAGAUGAGCAGAUUUAAUUUGAAACGCUGUGCCUCUCCUUGCCAAAUACAUGUAUUUAUUCAAUAAGAUAUCUUGGUUACAUGCUUUAUCAUACAAACAAAACAAUAUGGCCAAAAUGUUUAUUUGUAGGCCCUUUAGUUUUCGUAGGCCCUAGGCACAGUGCCUUCUGUGCCUAUUGCAUAAUAGGGCCCUGGAUCUUGGUGAUGAUGGGGAACUUGUGUGUGGCUUGCACAGUCUAUAUAUUGUGGACGCAGACAAGCUCCUGAAAAAUCAUGAAGCAGAUCAGGUGAAAUAUGCCAGAUAUGGCUUCUUAUAGACUGUGCAAGUCAUACACAGGUUCCACAUCACCACCAAGACCUUCAAUUGGCACGGUUUGGCUACGUUUGGUGAGAAAGAAAUCCAUACAUACAAUACCCACUUUGACCUGUAGAGAAUCAAGCAGAUCAGGCAAAUCUGAUGCCAGAACAAGGCUUCUGAAAGUAAGACUGCUGCUGCUUGCUACACUGGCAACCUGUUCUACAUCAAGAGGUUAGUACAGUCGCAAUCAGUUAGCAUAACAGCUGCCACUCACUGGUGACAUUUGUCAUCGCGUUACAUUGUCACUCCUAAUUGGCCGUUUGACCUUUGUGGUCUACGGACACUGAUGAGUGGAAGAGGGUCGACUCAAAGCAAACAGCUCUUGAUAAAAGUCACGCACGCGCUCAUGAACAGACUAAAGUUUAGAGAUGAAUUUCCAUUAAGGCUACGGAAACCCCAAUUUUUAGUGAUAGCCUAAGUUCUAUGCCUGGCCACGUAAACGAAAGCAUUUCCAAACACUGCAGAUAUGCAAAAGUGUUCGGAGAAAAUGUAUAUAUAUAAAAAAAACAUACUUACACAACAAAUGUCAUUAAAUUCACUGUCGUCGCUUGUGUAUGCUAAAAUGCGUUGUAAUAAGUUAUACUGUAGAACAGCAAUGGGCAAUUACAGUAAUUACUGGCCAGUCCAUCUUUCAUUAUGAACUGUUAUUUUUCCAUCUGCUUGUAAAGUGGAUGGCAUAAAGCACUGUCUCUUUAGAUUUUGUUUGACAUGAGACUUAGAUUAAAGUGUUGUUCAUCUGCGUUUAAUGUAUUGUAAUACAUGCCCGUAUGUCCUACGUUGUUUGCCAAUGUGGUUGAUUAGUAAAAUAUAUUUUGUUCCUACAAAAUGUUCUUGGAGGUGCAUUUUAUGAACAACAGUUUACAAGAGGUUGUACAUAUGUAAAUAUGUAAACCCACUUCUACACAGCAAUGAAGCAGUUACAAUAAGUCACUUGGCAUUCUCUUCUAAUUAGAAUGUAUGUAACGCUAUUUCCACGGCGGCUACAAUGCAAGCCGACAGCGUUACACAGAGGGGCGAAAGAGAAGCAACAGGUGGUGGUGCAGCGGCUGUUAGUGGGGGAGGUGACGGCAGGGAUGGAGGGACAGGGGCUGGAAAAGGGGCUGCUGAUGUUGCAGGGGUAGGGAAGGAGGAAUAAGGUAGAGUGUGAUGGUGAUUGAGGGUGACACAUGGGUGCAACGUGGAUGAGACAGCGGGGUAUGGGGCAAAUGCGUGAAGUGAUGAGAUCGGUGCAAUGGCUGGGCAUGGAUGAGGGUAGGUAAAGGGUGGUAGGGGUAGAGGUCUGGUGGCCGGAUAGUUGGGCUGA